AUGGUAAAGAAAAUCGCUGGUGUUUUAGGUGCCACUGGUUCAGUUGGCCAACGUUUCAUCCUAUUGUUGAAUGAACAUCCAGAUUUCGAAUUGAAAUACUUGGGUGCUUCAAAGAGAUCCAGUGGUAAAAAAUACUCAGAUGCAGUCAACUGGAAACAAACUGACCUAUUGCCUGAUUUCGCAAAGGAUAUCAUCGUCUCUGAAUGUGACCCUGCUUACUUCAAAGGCUGUGAUGUCGUAUUCUCUGGUUUGGACGCUGACUACGCUGGUGAAAUUGAAUCAAGCUUUAAAGACAAUGGCUUUGCUGUCGUCUCCAACGCUAAAAAUCACAGAAGAGAAGAAAACGUCCCAUUGAUCGUACCAAUUGUAAACAUUGACCAUUUGGAUAUUUUACCAAAGCAUGACAAAAAGGGUUUUAUCGUUUGUAUCUCAAAUUGUUCAACUGCUGGUUUGGUAGCCCCAUUGAAACCUUUAGUCGAAAAAUUCGGACCUAUCGAUGCUCUAUCCACCGUCACUAUGCAAGCCAUCUCCGGUGCAGGUUUCUCUCCAGGUGUCCCAGGUAUCGAUAUCUUAGAUAAUAUUAUCCCAUAUAUUGGUGGUGAAGAAGACAAAAUGGAAUGGGAAACUAAAAAAAUCUUGGGUUCAAUCUCUCAAGAUCAAUCUCACAUUAAGUUAUUGACCGAUGACGAAAUUAAAGUCUCCGCUCAAUGUAACAGAGUUGCUGUCACAGACGGUCACACUGAAUGUAUCGCUUUGAGAUUCCAAAAUAGACCUGCUCCCUCUGUAGACCAAGUUAAACAAGCCUUGGAAGAAUACGUUUGUGACGCUUAUAAAUUAGGUUGUCAUUCUGCUCCAAAGCAAACUAUCCAUCUAUUAGAACAAAAUGAUAGACCACAACCAAGACUUGACAGAAACAGAGACAACGGUUAUGGUGUCUCUGUCGGUAGAGUUAGAGAAGACCCAUUGUUAGACUACAAAAUGGUUGUCUUGUCUCACAACACCGUCAUCGGUGCUGCUGGUGCUGGUAUCUUGAUCGCCGAAUGUCUACUGGCAAAGAACUUGAUUUGA